AUGCUACAAAAACUAGCUGUUUUUGUAGCGUACGUUUUUCUGGUGGUUAGUGGAGCGAAGUUGCCACGACUAUUACUAGAUGACACGUACGUCAACCGAGUCGUUGGUGGUGAAGUAGCUAAGAAUGGAUCGGCCCCAUACCAGGUGUCACUACAGGCUGCAGGCUAUGGUCAUAAUUGUGGUGGAUCGCUGUUGAACGACCGAUGGGUGCUAACGGCAGCUCACUGUCUAGUCGGUUACGAGCCGAGAAAUAUGGAUGUCCUUGUCGGCACAAACAGUCUAACCGAGGGUGGCACGCUACUUAAGGUGGAUAAGUUUUUCCUACACAACUAUACAAGUCCUGAAUUCAAUAACGACAUUGCUCUGAUGCGCUUGGAGAAACCGGUACAAUUUUCUGAACUUGUGCAAAGCAUUGCUUAUUCGGCAAAAGUUGUGCCAGUCAAUGCCACCGUACGAUUGACGGGUUGGGGACGUACUAGUGCCAACGGACCAGUGCCUACGCUGCUGCAAAGUUUGAAUGUCGUCACACUGUCUAAUGAGGACUGCAAGGCAAAGAGUCUUUUCCCGGAGCAUGUCGAUGUGGGACACCUUUACACCAUGACUAAAACCGGCGAAGGAGCUUGCAACGGAGACUCAGGCGGACCAUUGGUAUACGCAGGAGAGCUGGUGGGAGUGGUGAACUUUGGUGUUCCUUGUGCCCUCGGAUAUCCGGAUGGUUUCGCACGGGUAUCGUACUAUCAUAACUGGAUUCGAACAACUAUGGCCAACAACUCUUAA